CUAGCCCUGUUUUGCAGCUGGGAAGCUGAGCCCAGAAGAGGUCAUGAAAAUGAAUAGAGGCCAGAUUCUCCGGGGCUGGAGCCGUCCAGGGGAAGAACGGAGCUUUGGUGUAAUGAGGUCACUUGUGAGCUCACAAUGCCGUUCACUUGGUGGGGCGGGGCCAAACGGGACCCCUGGGUAGAGGGCAGGGCCGAGGCAGCAUGGGCAGUGGCCUCCAGUGACCAGUCCUACCAUGGGAAACAGCAAUUCCCACAAGAGGACCAAAGCACCCAGUCAGGCCAGCAAGGACAGGCCGCCUGACAUGGACAAGGCCCGUCACAAGCAGUUCUUCAGCCACCUCAAGCGGAAGAAGCCAAGUCACAUCACUUUCCCUUUCUUUCAAUGGCGUGAGGCCCCUGACUCCGCCCGGGUGGGUGAGAACCUCCGCAUCAAGGCUGGGAAAACCAAGAUCGUACUGCUUUUCCCGCUGGACAAGCGGCAGCAGCUGGCCGAGGCAGCAGCGUGCCCCUGUGCGCGGCCCGGGCGGCCGGUUGAGGAUGCGCUCGGCGCCCCAACAUGCUUCCCAGCGGUGGCCCCCAUGCUGCGUGGCGCAGGCGACGGCGUGGACAGGCGCGAAGGCGCUCGCUCCGGGGAGAUGAAAAGGAUCCUGGUGCUGUUGCUGCAGCUGGAAGCACGGCUGCAGGAGGAAGGGCGUCGCGCGACUGGCGGGCGGGGGGGCGGGGCCAAGGCCCAGCAGGGCUGGCAGCCGCUGUACGCGCGUCUGCUCACCCACCACGAGGUCUGCAGCGAAGGCGACCCCCGCGAGGAGCAGCCGCGCAAGCGGCGCCGCUGCCCUCGCCCGCGGCCCUGAGUGCUUGGCACGGCUCCUCCGCGCUAGGACUCCGCUCAAUAAAGAGCACGUAGCAACCUGGGCGUCUUCCACUUCUGUCCCUGCUGAGGCCCCCCGGUGAGUAAGAAUGAAGCAGAGCCAUCACCACGACCUGGAGCUAGAGCUGCGCCUAACCUAUCUUUGUGGCACAAAAGUCAGCUCAUGCCAUACCCACAGGCUCAAGUUGGGCUUGAGCAAUCUAUACUUGGCUACGCUUGGGAUAACCUGUUUUCACCAAAGGCUUGAGGUUUUCUAGAGUCCUCAACGUUCAGAAAUCCCUCAUAGGCGGAGGGAGGGUCCCAGGCUCCUAGCAGACAUCAUAUCAGGAAGAACAGAGAGGCUGGCCAGCCAUGGUGGUGUGGAACUACAGAGUCCACCUAUGGCAAAACACUCAAGAAGGGUUUGAGAGCUGGGCAGUGGUGGCGCACGCCUUUAAUCCCAGCAUUCGGGAGGCAGAGGCAGGCGGAUCUCUGCGAGUUCGGGACCAGCCUGGUCUACAAGAGUUAGUUCUAGAAUAGGCUUCAAAGCUACAGAGAAACCUUGUCUCGAAAAACAAAACACAAAAGAAAAAAGGCUUGAGCCUCUCUGGUCUGUCUCCUGCCUGCGAGUGAUCAGUAACUCCCAAGCUUUUAAUUCCCCAAAUUUUCAGGUC